AAGUGUCCGGACUGGAAGGUUGUGAAAGUGUCCGGACUGGAAGGGGGUGAAAGUGUCCGGACUGGAAGGGGGUGGGAAAGUGUCCGGACUGGAAGGAGGGGAAAGUGUCCGGACUGGAAGGGGGGGGAAGUGUCCGGACUGGAAGGGGGGGAAAGUGUCCGGACUGGAAGGGAGGGAAAGUGUCCGGACUGGAAGGGGGUGAAAGUGUCCGGACUGGAAGGGGGGGUGAAA